AUGCAGUUGCGUGUCAUUGCUGUUGUUAUGACUUCAAUUCAGGUCACACAUCUUACGGACCACCUCAAAAAACCAGCGAAUUCAUUUGACUCUGAAGCUACGGACUGUAUCUACAGAGCACUAAAGGUUAUGGCAAAACACUCACAGAAUAACACUCUGGCAUCGUUAUGUCCAUCACCAGUUUCUUCUCCUGUACCGGACAAGGUAAACGACUCUCCGGAAAAUGAUUUAGCGUUUGAUGAACUAGCAUCAGGAGAUCAUUUGGAGAGAAACGAUUUGUGCUUUAGCCCUACAAGGCAGAUCGGAAACCUCGAAGACGGAUCGGAGCUAACGCAAAAGCUUGAAGCGGUUGUGCCUAGACUAACUCUGGAAUUCUCACCCACUACAUCAGUACAGCACACACCAUUGCCCACUUCCCGUAGGGACUUAGUACCUCUCAACACACCGAGAAUUGGUUCUAAUGCUAACGAGCUUUCACAUUGCUGUCAUCAGUGUCAUAAUCAACAUAGUUACCUUGAUGCUUCAGAUUUUCUUUAUCUAUUUCUCUUUGGCUUGGGUACAGCUUUGAUUUUUUACUAUCUCUAUCUUCCCCCUCUUCACGAGGGACCGGUGUAUUGA